AUGUUGCACGAAAUGUACGCUCCCGCGGACUCAGCGUCCGUGGUGUGGAGCCGUCAGAAGAAGAGUGGGUUUCUGCGCCUUCUUUCUGACAUGUACGAUGGGGCGCAGCAGCCCAGCGUUCUCCUCCUCUACGGCCCCACUGGGAGUGGGAAGCUUUCUUCAGCGCAGGCAAUGCUGCGUGAGCAGCGCGAUGCAUAUGGUCGCCCGACGCUGGUAGAAGUGAUGCACACCUGCGAGGCUGCGCCGCAGGAGUACUACCAGUUCCUCAUGGACACAUUCACCGAGCACGAGACGGUGGNCAGCAACGCAUGCGUGUCGACCACACGCACCGCAGCCACCAUUGGUGGUGACAGCACCAGCGCUGUCGGUGAUGGCUUGCCGACAGGUGCGGCUGAAUCGAGUGCAGUGGAGAUCGGGGCGUCGCAGCAGCAACACCACCACCAUCUCCAGUGUAAAACGCGCAGAGUGGCACGUGUUGUGAAGUUCUACGGUGAACCGCUCAUGUCACAUCUUCACACACUCACACGCCGCUUUCUCGACCACUAUAGCGCGUGGAGGUGUGCCUCACCCCCAGUAAUGUACGGUGGUGGUGGUGGUGGUGGCGGCGGUACGGAUGUGGGAAAUGUGUCCCUGCUUCAGCGCCACCUGGUGCUGUUCAUCGCCACCACACACGACACUCACAGCGACAAGGUGGCGUUGGGGAUGUCAUUUCCCCCAAGUGUCCUCACGCACCCGUCGAUUCAGACAUUUCACUGCACUCCCCUCACAACGCGCAAUAUGGCGGUGCGCAUUAAGGACAUCAUGCAGAUUGAGCGGCGACGGAAGAACCGUGGCGUGGGGGGCUCUCUCUCUGAUGAGGAUAUCGAGUUCUUGUGCGAACACAGUCACGGUGACAUACGCCACGCACUCCUUCAGCUUCAAUGGUACCUCUUAGGUGAAAGGGUCAUACCGAGAUGCUUACAAGACACGGGUAGUGCGCAACACGACAAGAAGCGACCGCGGUUCAAGUCGAAGGUGACGAACAUGAUGGAUCUUCUGGAUGAUGGUGAAGGUGUGAGUGACACGCAGAAGUUGCUGCCACCCCUCGAGAAAACAUCACUGGGGACUGCACGUGACACAAGAAGGGGAGGAACAAAAGGAGGAGGAGGCGCGGCCAUGAUCUUCCGGGACGAGUACCUUGACGUCGCACACGCAACCGCACGCAUCCUUACACAAAAGUACACCAUGGCGUCGGUGUUGGAGGAACUCAACGUGGAGCCCAGCAAGCUCCUUGGGUACCUUACAAACAAUAUGUCUGCUUACUUUCGCCCGGAACAGAUGGAGGCGUACGCUCCGUGCGCUGCUGCAGCAAGUUUUGCAGACGCCCUGCGCGCUGCGGGGUCGUUCAGCGGCAGGUGGCGGCGGGCCGGCACGGGGCUUCACACCGCACGGCUCACAUCGGACGAUGACAACGACGGUGCGGGGGCCAUUGGACUCGACCUCGUGUCCCUCGUGCUCUUCGGUAAAACCUAUGUGGCGUGUCACAAGGAUGUCCACAUUCCUCGGGCUUUUGUGGCGCAGCGCCCACCGCCGUAUCAGCCGUCAGUUUACCCGCGUCUGCGAGAAGUACGCGUUACGCGAAAACGCGCGCGGGUCAACAACAACGGAUACGACGGCGGGAAUGAAUUUGGUCGCGAUACUGAACACACGUAUUCAAUGUUCUCGAGCGAGUCGGAGUGGCGUCAGGACUUCCUGCGAAGGCUACAGCUGCGCUCAUUGAGCGGUGGCCCACCGAGUGGCCAGGAAUUUGAUAUUGUGCGGGAGAGUCUUCCAGCCCUUGUUAACAGAUGUGCCUCAUUGGACACGGUGCUUCUGGAGUACCUUCCGUACGCGAGGUUCAUCGUGCUCGACUAUGCCCCACCCUCCGUCAAUUCCUGCGUCUCUGGGCGAAACAAGGUAGCGCUGGCCAACGCCGGGGCUUCUCCCAGCAAGCGGCUUGCCAAGACCGUUGCUACACACGCUGGACCGAAGAAGACAAUGUUUUCUCUCAUCCCAGUAUCAUCAUCUCCGUUGUCACAUCGGCUGCCGAAGCGGACAUGCUCGCUACUUCGCUAUAAUAUUCUCUGCCUCGGUCUGCCGGGGAAGUCACCUGUUCGUGUCGAGUAUUUCACCUUGGUCACCCAUAACGCCACCGAUGAUUGCGACGAGGGCGAGACGGUGGAUGACGCCACAGACCCCAACGCCCCGCGGCCGCUUCUACCUGAUGGAGAAGACAUUGAAGAGUACAGCGACUGA